UAGUAAAUUCAUUGAAAUUUCCAAGUUUUUAAUAAAUAAUUGAAUGUAUUCAUAGGAUUAUCAGUCCUCUGCUAUCCUGUGACUGGUGACCUCUGACCUCUGGAGUCUCAGUGUUCUGAGUGUCUGGUCUGUGGUGGCUCCUCACUGAUCUGCUGUGGUGCUGCUCUGGGGUCAGUGGUGUUGUGUGUGUAGAGCUGCUUCACUUCUCCACAGGUGAUUCCAGAUCAGUGUUCAGACCUGAAGAGUGUUAAGAAGAUUAGCACUGACUCUUUAUCUCUGAACGGACUGCAGACGCUUCACUCUAGAUUACACCGUGUUUUAUGAGCAGAUGAAUGAAUCAGGCCGUGAUGAUUCUGCUGGAGCACUGGGAGACAGUGAUGACAGCGAUGAGGAUACACAGACACUGCUGGCGGCCUCCUGGGAGAGUUUAUCCAUCAUGGAGCGACUGGGAUUAAAGAGCAGUGUGGAGAUGACGGAGGAGGAGGUGGAGAGCGCGUUUACCCAGAUUGCAGUGGGGUUUCACUGUGACCAGUACACACUGACCCAGCGGCUGCAGGCUGAGCGACACGAGCGCUGCGUCGCAGAAGAGAACCUGCAGAGAGAGCUGAGACAGAGCAGAGAGAUGCUGCAGGUGUUGUAUGAGCGCCUACAUGAGGCGGACAGCAAAAAGAUGGUGCAGCAGAUGGAGAACAACCUGCAGAUGCUUGAGAGCAACAUGGACAAUGUCCUCAAAACAGCAGAGAUGCUCGGAGCUGCACACCAGGAAGCGCGUGUCAGUCACGCAGUGGAGCUGAUGUCAGUACACAUGGAGCAUCUCAAGAGACGUCACGCUACAGAGAGCGAGGAGAUGCUGGAGGUCAGAAAGCUGCUCCACAGGAGGAAAGGUCGAUUGCACAGUGACUCCACAGAUGAUCGAGAGCUCUUCAGAUAUUCAUCACAACAGGUAACUGAUCAUCCGACACGGCGCAGGGUCAGCAUCACCUUCCUCCCGACUCAGUCUGAGUUGAAGCAUCUAGAGGCUUCGUUUCUGGAGAACUGCAAGGCUAGUUUGGAUGCAAAGGACAGGAGACAGGAAGUAGUUCCAGACGAUUCUCCCGCGAGCAGUCUAAACCAAGACGAUGACAGCAGCGUGUUUCAAAGUCCAACGCAAAUCACGUCACUGCGCCAUCGCCGUCGUUAUUCUCCUACAGGACGCGCAUUUAAGGGGGAGGAGUCAAAACGAGGGGAGGAGCCCAACCGAGAGCUAUGUCUCGCUCCACUACAGCGCCCCCUGUUGUCCUGGAGGUCUACAUGCGGAAGCAUCGUCAGAAUGUCUUUGCUUGUAUUCGUCCUGCUGAUGCUGAUGUUGGUUCUUUUAUGUGUUGUCAUGAGCGUUUGUAUAAACAACUGAUGGUUUAGUGUAGCUAUCUGAUCUUAGAAUAAACAUUCUGUAAAAACUG